AUGUUUGCCGAUUUCCUGACAAGUCCCUCAAUGGACUGGCUACACGUCUACAUCGCCGGGGCGGCCUUCCUAGUCUUCGCCUUGGUCGCGCUGGUUCUCUUCGUCUCCUUCCAACCAGUCAAGAUUGACCUCAACCAUGGUGCCUUCACUUACUUCAAGUUCAUUUGGGCCAGUUUCCUGAAGCCUCACGAUAGCCAGGCGGGGGAUCAACAAGAUGCACUUGAGAGCUUUUACAAAACUCAGGCCAGCGUCUACGAUGCUACUCGACGUCGCCUUCUUCGUGGCCGCGAAGAUAUGCUGGGUCUCAUUGCGGCGCAAUUGAAGCAUAAAGUUGAGAGCAAGGAAAUCAAGUCCGGGAAGGCUGUAUGGGUGGAUAUUGGCGGUGGUACUGGCUACAACAUUGAAGCCAUGUCCGCCUUCGUCCCAGUGGAGAGGUUCUUCGACCACGUUUACCUCGUCGACCUUUCGCCAUCUCUUUGUGAGGUUGCCCGCCAGCGUUUUCAGCGCCUGGGAUGGAAAAAUGUCACUGUUCUGUGCCAGGAUGCGCGAUCUUUCCGUCUUCCAGAGAGGCAGGUCGACCCCAACUACUACAGUGUCGUCGAUUCCCUAACCUCGCGCUUGAAGCCAACGGGCUUGCUCGGAGUCUGCGACUUCUAUGUGCAAAGUAUCGUCGACGUAUCUUCCCGCAAUUAUAUUGGUGGAGCAUUCAACCGACACGUUAACUGGCUUGGUCGAGUCUUCUGGCGUGCGUGGUUUGACUUUGACCGAGUCAACCUGGAGGCUGCUCGCCGUGACUAUCUCGAGUACAAGUUUGGAACCGUGAUCUCGGCCAGUGAGCGCAACUACCUCUUGGGUGGUAUUCCCUACUAUAUAUUUGUCGGUUGCCCCAAGGAGUUCGCCUCUACUCGAUCCAGCCAAGCCACCAUCGAAAAGUUGGAUGCUUCAUUCACCGAAUCUCCCUAUCUACACCCCGCCAACCACCAAACUGAGAUGGAUAAGGCCGCUCAGAAGAGCACGAGCGAGGUUCGAUCCAAGGCCUACGAAUCUGCUGUGAUCAACCUCAGCGCCAACCUGCCUCUCCCGUGCUCUUUCUACCAAAACCACCACUAUCGGAUUCACUACAACGACAUGCUCCCUAAGCACACGCAGUUCCAAAAUGAAUAUAUCUACGCUUUCACUUGGGAAGAUCCCCGAGUGGAUCACCGACUGCUGAACAUCGGCCCGGAUGAUGUGAUCUUGGCCAUCACAAGUGCCGGAGACAAUAUCUUGGACUACCUUCAAAAGAACCCUCGUCGUGUUCAUGCUGUUGAUCUAAACCCGAACCAAAACCAUCUACUUGAGCUGAAGGUGGCCAGUUACAGCGCACUGGGUCAUCGUGAUAUGUGGAAGAUUUUUGGCGAGGGCAAGCAUUCACAGUUCCGCGAGCUACUCAUUUCCAAACUGAGCCCUCACCUCUCAAGUCAGGCUUUCCAGUACUGGUUGGAACACACCCAUGUCUUUACUUCCACUUCUGGAUAUGGUCUCUACGAGACUGGUGGCUCCCGUCAUGCUAUUCGCAUGGCACGAUGGCUGUUCAAUAUCUUUGGGCUCCAGGGUGAGGUGACUAAGAUGUGCGAGGCUCAAAGCUUAGAGGAGCAGCGUGUUAUUUGGCCGCGCAUCCGCCGGGUCCUUCUCAGUAAGCCAUUGAACUGGGCUAUCGUGAGUACCGAAUGGUUUGCCUGGAAGGCAGCCGGUGUGCCUCGCAACCAGCGCAACAUGAUCGUCGACGAUUUCUUCCGUCGCAAUGGGUUGACAUCGGACAUGAAGCAAGGAAAGGACAUCAGUGGCCAAUCCAUUUGGGAAUAUGUGGUGAAUACCCUCGACCCAGUGGUCAAGGACACGAUGAUCAGCAAUGACAACUACUUCUACUACCUGUGCGUGCAGGGUAAAUUCUCGCGACGAUGCCACCCUACAUACCUGUCACCCCAAGCACAUGUCAAGCUCUCUACGCCUGGUGCUUUUGAUGGGCUCCGUAUUCACACCGAUGAGAUCAACGAGGUUAUCAACCGUAUCACACCCGGCACAUUGACGAUUGCCGUGGUCAUGGAUUCAAUGGAUUGGUUCGAUCCCGCCGAGGACGCCGCCGCCGCUCAAGCCCGCCGUCUCAACCACGCCCUGAAGAAGGGAGGCCGGAUCCUACUCCGCUCCGCUAGCAUCGACCCUUGGUACAUCAAACACUUCGAAGACAACGGGUUCACAGCCCGUCGGGUGGGAGCUCGUUUCCCAGGCACUUGCAUCGACCGCGUUAACAUGUACGCUUCCACCUGGAUCUGUACCAAAAACGAAGGCAUUAUCCGCCCCGGUUCUGGGAGAACAAUUUCUUCCCUGUCACUUCCCGAUAGUGCCAUCGCGGCGAAGGCGAAGAGAUCGACUAGCGUGGAAGACUUGCAACUUUGA